GGCCCCUCCCACCGGCCCUCCGCCGCGCCUUCUCCGCCGGGCUCAGGUGGGGCGUCCCGCUCGCCCAGCCGCGUUAGGCCGUUUUGUCUCGGCUCAACGCGGGCCGUAGCAUCGCAGAUUUUGACUUUUUGGCGUCGGGGUCGCGCGCGAACUCUCUAGGGCGGACGGCUGACCCUCGAGGGCCCCUCUUCAGUCGCGCCCCGGCGCUCCUGCCGCCCCCAGUCGGGCAGCCACGAGGCCCCGCAGCGUCCUCCCGCGCGCGCCCGCCCGCCUGGCGGCUGCAGCCAUGUCCCGGGGACCGGAGGAGGUGAACCGGCUCACGGAGAGCACCUACCGCAAUGUUAUGGAACAGUUCAAUCCUGGACUACGAAAUUUAAUAAACCUAGGAAAAAAUUAUGAAAAGGCUGUUAAUGCUAUGAUCAUGGCAGGAAAAGCCUACUAUGAUGGAGUGGCCAAGAUCGGGGAGAUGGCCUCUGGGUCCCCUGUGUCAACUGAGCUGGGCCAUGUCCUCAUAGAGAUUUCAAGCACCCACAAGAAACUCAAUGAGACCCUUGAUGAAAAUUUCAAAAAAUUCCAUAAGGAAAUCAUCCAUGAGCUGGAGAAGAAAACAGAACUUGACGUAAAAUAUAUGAAUGCAACUCUUAAAAGAUACCAAGCAGAACACAGGAGCAAAUUAGAUUCUUUGGAGAAGUCUCAAGCUGAACUGAAAAAGAUCAGAAGGAAAAGUCAAGGAGGACGGAAUGCACUGAAAUAUGAACACAAAGAAAUUGAGUAUGUAGAGACCGUUACUUCUCGCCAAAGUGAAAUCCAGAAAUUCAUUGCAGAUGGUUGCAAAGAAGCUCUGCUUGAAGAGAAAAGACGCUUCUGCUUUCUUGUGGACAAACACUGUAGCUUUGCAAAUCAUAUACACCAUUAUCACUUACAGUCAGCAGAAUUACUUCAUUCCAAACUGCCCAGGUGGCAGGAAACCUGUUGUGAUGCCACCAAAGUGCCAGAGAAAGUCAUCAACAUGAUAGAAGAAAUAAAGACUCCAAUCUCUACCCCAGUAUCUGGGACACCUCAGCCAUCACCUAUGAUCGAGAGAAGCAAUAUGGGUGGGAAAGACUAUGAUACCCAAUAUUCACCAAAGAUACCUCCAGCAACUUCAGCCAAAGCAUAUACCAGUCCUUUGGUUGAUAUGUUCACUAACCCAGCAACAGUUGCACAGAAUUCAGAAAAAAUUAACAACUCAGCAGACACUUCGGAAGAUGCCAGUUUACAACGAUCAGUUUCGGUCGCAACCGGACUGAACAUGAUGAAGAAGCAGAAAGUCAAGACCAUCUUCCCACACACUGCUGGCGCCAACAACACCUUACUCAGCUUUGCACAGGGUGACGUCAUCACACUGCUCAUCUCUGAGGAGAAGGAUGGCUGGCUCUAUGGGGAGCAUGAUGGCACCAAAGCGAGGGGUUGGUUCCCAUCGUCAUAUACAAAGUUGCUGGAAGAAAAUGUGAAGGAACUGGUGACUGUGCCCACGCCAAGCCCCACCCCAGUGAGGAGCAUCAGCACCGUGGACCUGUCCGAGAAGAGCAGCGUCGUCAUCCCCCCACCUGACUACCAGGAGUGUCUGUCCACAGGGGCUGCUGCUAAUAACCAAGUGAAUGUUGCCAAAAACACUUCUACCUUCAAAGCUUCGGCAUCUAAACCAGAAACCGUGUCUCCUAGUGAUGCAAAUGGGACCGCCAAGCCACCUUUCCUCAGUGGGGAAAACCCCUUUGCUACUGUGAAACUCCGACCCACAGUGACAAAUGAUCGAUCAGCACCGAUCAUUCGAUGAAGAUGUCAAGGAUUCUCCUGGUUCCUCUACUGUUCAGUUCUCGCCUGUAAAAUGAUAGGGAUCCAUUGUGUGACAAGUUCUGGGACUGUUGGAAGCUUCACCAGGUGCCUGAUUUCAGUGUAUCCUACUUGAGCAAAUCAAUGCAUUUUCUCAGUUAACAUAAUUGAGCACACACAUUUCUGUAAAGAUAACAGUAUAGUAGCCAGCUCAAUCAUUUAAAAUAUUUUCUUCCUGCUCUAAAACUAGUAAAUUUUGUUCCAAUCCCUAGUGUAUCUGUUUUUAAUAUUCUAUGAUUUUUCUAAGUUGCAGCCAGAGUAAGAGAUAAGUCUGUGCUUCCAAUGACUGGCUUUCUAUAUAUUAACACAAAUCAGACCAGUUCUAUUUUAUAAAGCAUGUGCUCUUAAGUAGCAUUAUGUUUAUCUACAGAAAACAUUGUGUAAGUUUGCAUCAUAGCAUGCAGAUCAUAAUUUUAAGCAAUAUAAAUUAUGAAAAAUGUAUUAAAUAUAAUUUUUUAACUUAAUAAUUUUAAACUCUUGCUUAAACAUAGAGAUCCCCAAGAUGGAGGGGGCCUGACUGCCCCGACUUAGAGCUGGAGUUCUGAUACAUUUAUCUGCUUUCCUCAUAGCCAUACUUAACAUCCCAUGUUGAAGAGUUACAGGCUGGCUUUCCGGUGGCCUGGCACAUUGGAAAUACGCUCUCCCUGAGCCAGGGGCCCAAAGCUGCAGCAACUGGCUUACUGGGAAACCUCUUGGGGCCCAAGUCUGUGUGCGUUUCAAUCAGAUACUAACUCUCAAAGCCAUUUAAUGAAGCCAGGAUGACUUUGGUGACCCCUGAAGGUCAAAGCCUGUAUUUCAGCAUGAAAUCACAUUCAAGAUUCUGGUCAGGCCUCUGUGCCCAGGGGCUGUGCCCUUGGCUGCCAAGGACCAGCAGAUCACAGUUCACACCCAGGCCACUCACUGGGUGUAGGGGAAGGAGCUGUUGCGUAUCAUGAUCUUUUCACUUCUGUUCUUCUGCAAGUUGAAAAUUGGUUAAGUUUCAGUAAUGGCAGUAAACCAGUAGACAUGAGACUUGAAGCAGGGUUGGGCUCUCCUGGGAGGACAGCUCAGGUGACUCCAUGAGGAGCUGCUGCACACCCUCCCUGUCAUGAAGCACCAUCUUGAAAGGUGCCCCAGCCACGUUUCAAAUUAUAUAGGUUGGGUCCCACCAUUUCCAAAACACAAGAGCAGAGUUAAUGGGAGCCUGCUAUCCUAGCAGUGAACAAAUGAGGGGGGCAGACUCUGGAAAUGUGUGAAGACUGGAGAACAUGGGUAAGGUCUUCUGGCUUUGUUACUGGGGUCUGGGGAAAAGCCCCAGGUCUAUUUGCUGCAUUUCAGGGCCAUUCAAGAGCUCGCUCGUGGGGGCCGCUGGGCCUACACUGAGGCCAUGUUCUGCAGUUGUCAGUGUUACGGUUUAAUGUCGUUAAUAAAGGGGAAUUUGAAACCUU